AGAGAGAGAGAGAGAGAGAGAGAGAGAGAGAGAGAGAGAGAGAGAGAGAGAGAGAGAGAGAGAGAGAGAGAGAGAGAGAGAGAGAGAUGGUGAACAUUUUUUCAGUAUACAAGUUUAUUCUGCAUGGAAUUAUGAAACUAGUUGGGGUGAGACCCCAAACUGUCGAAAUAGAGCCAGGAACGAUCAUGAACUUCUGGGUCUCUAGUAAUAUCCCCAACAAAAUUGAAAACACACCAAAGAAAUCGAAGCCAGCCGUGGUGUUCCUUCAUGGCUUUGCAAUGGAUGGUAUUUUCACAUGGCAACUUCAAGUGCUAUCUUUGGCCAAAAACUACGCCGUUUAUGUCCCGGACUUUCUCUUCUUCGGGGGAUCCAUCACAGAUAAAUUAGAUAGGUCACCGGAGUUUCAAGCUGAGUGUGUGGCCAAGGGUUUGAGGAAGAUGGGGGUGGAGAGGUGCACCUUGGUGGGAUUGAGCUAUGGUGGGAUGGUUGGGUUCAAAAUGGCUGAGUUGCACCCCAAUUUGGUUGAGUCCAUUGUGGCGACUGGUUCAGUUUUGGCUUUGACCAGAUCCAUCAGUGAUGCUUCUCUUGAGAGACUUGGGUUCAAAUGCUGGCCUGAUUACUUGCUUCCUGACUCGGUCAAAGGUGUGAGAAAUAUGUUUGAAAUUGCUGCUUACAAGUUUCCUUAUCUCCCUGAUUGGAUUUACAAAGAUUGCCUUGAGGUUAUGUUUGGCAACAGAAAGGAGAAGGAAGAACUUCUAGGGGCAUUGGUAGUUGAUGACAAGGACUUUACUAUUGCUGAUUUUCCACAGAGAGUGCAUCUUUUGUGGGGAGAGAAUGACAAAAUUUUCAACAUGGAAACAGCCAGGAACCUAAGAAUGCAAUUAGGAGGCAGCGCAAAACUGCAAUGUAUAGAGGAGGCAGGCCACCUUGUUCAAAUGGAAAGACCUUUCGUUUACAACAAGCAGCUCAAGGAAAUUCUUGCUUCUUUUUCAGAAGAUGUGCACCAAGACUGAAGAGACCUUUUUUAUUUUUUUGCUUUUUAUUAAGAACUAAUGAGAGUUUUAGAGUGUUGGUUGGAAACAUAUAAUUUGUGUGCUGCUGCUAAAUUCAUGGGGACCUAAAAUCUCAACUGGUAGGAAGGUAUCAAUAUGAACUGCUGCAUGAAUAGGAAACUAUCUUCUUUACUCUCUCUGGGAUUGGAAGCUGCUGGCUGAGGAUGGGGAAUACCAUAAGGCUCAAAUUAAUUUGAGAAUGAUGAGUUGCAGGAAAUUAUUGAGUGAUCCAACGAAUGUGGCAUGUCAAUAUGAUGUUACAAGUUUACACGAAUUAUAACACGUAUACUUCAUAUUGGGCAGAAAAGUUUGUAUGAAAGGGAGAUAACACUGUUUUGCUAUCCCGGCUAAUCACAUACUGACACAAUGAAAAGUGUUUCCCUAUAUUGGGCA